CUUUUGCCCUAUUUACCCACACUCCUGUUAUAUGUACUAAUACCUGCUGCCAAAAGAAACACUCAGCAACGUUCUUUCUCUCUCACCGCGUACUACUGCCUCUGUUAUUUAAGCAGCUACGCUCAAUCGAAAAAGAGAGCCGUUUAGAUCAGACAUUUUAUUCCGCUGGCUCUUUCUCUCUCUCUUUUUUUAACUCUUUCUAAACCUAGCGAUACAUGGGCCUAAUUCUUCGCUUCCUUUUACUGUUGGCCAUUACACGCUUACUAUUGGCGGAUGCCGUAUCCAUGACCGGAAGCCGCAAUACUGCUGCCAGCAGUACCAGCAGCAAAUAUACCCACCAUUCAAUAUUCAGAGCCGUAGCAAUGACAUACCAAUAUGAUUCUUUAUUUGCAGCUAAAGAGUACGAGACAUACGUCAACACCUCGGGCAUGGACAUGGCCCCACCCGUCCUGCUCCAUCAGUUCGGAUUAGGAUCUACUCGACAUCGUCAACAACAACAACAACAACAACAACGAAAUGACAACAACCAAGCCUCCUCCUCCUCAUCUCUCCACCGCGCCUCCUCUGCCACUGCCACUUCUUCCUCAGCCGCCAUUACAGACAAGUCGACAGCAGCCACGUCAGAACUCCUGGUUUCUGGACCUGCCCUUGCGUUCAUUGUCGUUCUCACGUUAGGCGCAUUUAUGUUUUGAUUCUUUCCCUCUUUUUUUCUGCAUUUCCCCUCCCGUUCUGAUACGACGAAAAACCAGAACAUAUACCCAACACAAGCACAUACGCAUACUC